AAUUGUUGACUGAUUUUCGUACGAAACAUCAAGUUAUGAAAGUGAUUUCCCAUUUUUCAAGACCAUUUUUAUUUCGUGAGAGGAAGACGAUUUCGAGUCUAAUGAGACUGAGUACAAGUGCCAGUAGAUCAAAACGAUUGUUGGGAAAAUAAUUGUGGAUACUGUAAACAGGUUCUAACGAGACCCUUGCAGCGUUUAAAACAGAAUGGCUGAGAAACCUGGGUGCGGUGAAUUGCAGCAGUUGGUUCAAGAAGAAGAAUGUGAAGAACCGUUGAGUCACGGUGGAGAAGCUACGCCACCGUCGACGCCAGCAAGAUCUCAUCACCCAAGUAAAAAUGAUACACACAGUUCUCACAUAUCGCAACAAGUUUUAUGGGAGAGCAAUGUACAAACAUCGCCGAUUGUUAGCAAAGGUAGUUCUGGUCAAGCGACAAGCCAAGGGUCGAUGGUCUCUGGUCGUGCGGUGAAUCUCUCGAAUCAUACUAAUCAAUCACGUUUAGUCUACAUGAACGAGAAGGAAAAGCAAAGACCAAACCGACCGGAAUUAUCAAAAAUGAAUCGCCAGCAUAAAGCCACGGCGCCAUGCAAACAUCAUUGCUUUUUGUCAGAGGUACCCGAUGUUCGCCGUAUGGAACAAGCUUUAUUACACCUUUUAGAGGAUUUCCACAGCGGGAAUUUACGCGCGUUUGGGAAAGAUUGUAGCAUGGAGCAAAUGACAGAAAUACGAGAGCAGCAAGAGCAAUUAGCUAAACUGCAUUUCGAGCUAGGCCAGAGGCAAGGGAUUGGUAAUGAACAAUCUGGCCUUCGGCAUCCGAGCGCUAAUAUGGAUAAUUUAUUGUCGUGUCUCCAAGAACUCAGCGUUUGUAUCGAAAAAUUGCAUAGCAAGUAAUACGAGAAUGCGACCUGAGAAUCGAGUGGGUAUGCUUUAAUUAUAAGAAUAAGAUUCAUAGUUAUACCACCGAGGAGAUACUAUUAAUUACAUCAAUUUUGAUACUCAAUUGUAUUAAUUGUUUGCUUCCAAUAUAAUUUUACGCAAUCUGUUUGACUAUAACAAAUGAAUUUAAAAAAUAAGAAUUAUAUAAUAAAACGUUAUUCUCAUAA